AUGAGUGCUACACUGGCCACCCACAUUUCGUCUUUAAGUUACUACAAGGUUGUUAGAAACCUCACAUGCAGAAUAAUGUACAGAAAGAGGCCCCCCAGUCUGGAGGGAUGUAUACACUCUUCCCUGCUCAAAGACCCCUUUGUGGGACUUGUAUUUAUAAAGCCAGCCUGCACCUCCAACACCUUCAAGAGUCCCUUCUACACCUCCAUCAUGAGAGCCGUAUGCAGUGCUGCUUUCCUUCUGGUCUGUUUUAUUUGGGCCACUAACGCUCAGGCUCAGAACAGCAGUAACCAGGGGAACAGCAUCAACCACAUCGAAAGCACCCAAAACAGUCGACAGCAGCAGCCGCAGAAAGCAAGCAUCUUGGAUGAGCCCAUUCGUUUCAACACCAAAGCAAAAGAUAGCUGCUCCAUGGUGAUCUCCGGCCAGACCAACUUCACCAAGCUGCGUGUCUCCUGCAAGAGCAAGGGCAAGUCGUACCGGUGCGAUUUCCUGGGCAAACCUAACCUAUGCAAAGCAUAUAGCAACAACCCUCGGCAUUACUUUACUCAGGUCAUGUGGGACAUGAAGAAGCUUCACAACGCCUGCCAGGGACCACGGGUCUACAAGCCACAUAUGUGCCGCUCUGCCUCAGAUGAAGUCCAGAUGGUGUUACAUGCCUCUUGGCCCAAAAUCUCCAUCCCAAAACCUAGCCAGGCUUCCCCCCAGCAAAAGCAACAGCAGCAGAUCAAGUCCAGCAUCACCCCUACCAAACCUCCAAGCUCAAAGCAGCAGCCUAAACCCCAGCAACCAGCCAAACCAGUCAAGCCUGCCAUUACCAAGACUGUUCCACCACGUAAACCUGUAAAGACCAUCACAGCGAGACCCACUGUGGCAGACGAGAGUCAAGCAACCAAGAUGGCAGAGGAAUACUGCUGGGAGAGUGUCCAGGGCAUCUGCGCAUACUUCAUUAGCUGGUUCCAAAAUUAAUUCAUCUGGUUAAUAGUGUCAGAAAAUUUAGAUUUGUCUGACCACCGGCCAAAUGUUUUCUCCAGAGACCGCGGCUGUGUGUGUGUGUGUGUGUGUGUGUGUGUGUGAAUA